AUGAUUCCAUAUGCAACAGUUAAUAAAGGAUACAAGUAUCUGCUUACAAUAAUAGAUAUAUUUUCAAAGUAUGCCUGGGCAGUUCUAAUUAAAUCAAAAAGUGGUGUUGAUGUCACUAGUGCUAUGAAGUUUGUACUCCAGCAAGGUUGUGUACCUAGGAAUCUCCAUGUUGAUCAGGGUAAAGAGUUCUUCUACAUAGAAUUCAAAGAUCUGAUGAAGCAGCACAAGAUAAAUCUUUACUCAACAUUCAGCAAUCUCAAAGCAUCUAUCUGUGAACGUUUUAAUAGAACACGUAAGAAUAAAAUGUGGCGAGAAUUCACAGCUCGUGGUAGUUAUAAGUGGACUGAUAUAUUGGAGGACUUGGUGAAUAUUUACAAUAACACCAAACACAGUACCAUCAAAAUGAAAUCUGCUGAUGUUACCACUGCUCAGGAGAAACAACUGCUUGAAAAAAUCUAUCAACAAAUCCAGCCAGCGUCAAAGAAAAAAAAAAUUAAUUUAAAGUAUGUGACAAGGUUCGAAUCAGCAAGUAUAAAAAUUUAUUUGAGAAAGGAUGUACACCAAACUGGACGACUGAGAUUUUUACCAUCAAGACUGUUCAGAAUACAAGUCCAACAACAGACAAGAUUGUGGACUACCAGGAUCAACCAAUAUAAGGCGGAUUUUAUGAAGAGGAACUCAGCAAAGUCAAAUAUCCAGAUGUAUACUUAG